AUGGCUCUCCUUCGGUGUUUCCUGUGCCUAGCAACCGUAUCUUCACAUGGGGCCAUUCCGACUUCCCAGAGCUGGCAAUCUGACUGCAUCUCCAUAGGGCCCGAAGAAGGCUUCGCAGACGGGACAUCUGGACAUCUGGAGGAGACCAUCCAAGUCAAGCUGUUGCAGGUGGAAACCAAGCUGGGGAGGACCUCAGAUGAUGUCGCUCUCCCGUCUCCACCACCUUUGCCGCCUCCAAAGCGGCAGUCUCUGACUCUGAGCAUCCUGGAGCAAGCCGAGCAUCACUUCGUGCCUAUCUUCACAUCGAUUCUGCUGCCUCACGCGUUUGCAUUUUGUGUCGCGCAGUUUCUGGUGAGGCGGCACCGUGGAAAGCAAGCGGAGUUUCUCAAGGAAGCGUCGGAAGAAGAUAACAGUCCACGAAGCUUCUCAUACAUCAUCUCGCGAGUGGCCCCGAUGUGGGCCAUCCAUGCCUUGUCAAUUUUUGCAUAUGGCGCCUCUUCGCCAAGUUUGGAUUACAUGUAUUUGAAUUCUUUUGCUCAGCGGUACUCCAGCAGUUCUCAUGUCGAUUGCUCAAGCCAGAUGGAAUCCUCAGCGUGCACCCAAGCUGUGAUGGAUGUUAUGCAGUUGAAAAUUGCGAAAGGUUUCGCUCACCCGGUGAUUCAAUUCUGUACCGGGCCAGCACUUGGUGCCAUCAGCGACGCUUUUGGUAGGCGACCUGCAGUCCUCUGUAUUCGAGUUGCCUUGCUUCUUCCCACCGUCGCAGCAGCAGCUGUUGCAUGGUUCGACCUCUCCAUUUGGUUAGAUUUUGCGGUUCAAUUCAUUGGCAUGGUUCCCUACGAGCCCAUUCCCAUUGCUUGGUAUAUGGACCGAAUUGACCAUACCCCAAGUUUGGUCAUUGCCACAUCCAUGGUGGAGAGCUCCUGCAUUCUUGCUUCAAUUUUGGGAUCACUCUUUGGCAGUAUGCUGAGCCUGCAGAGCGCUAUGCUUCUGGGCAUGCUGGGCAAGAUGACCUGUCUGCUCCUCGCUAUAUUUUGCUUACCGGAAUCCUUGCCUGAGGAGAAGAGGGUCAAGUUUACUUGGUCCAGCCUUUUUCCAACGGCUGCACUGCGGGUACUUUUCCAAAGUCCUCUGGUCGAGAAGCUCACGGCCCUGGGAAUCUUCGAUUCCUUCCACUAUACAGGCUUCUAUACCUUGGCAAACCAGUUUUUGCAGCAGCGACUUGCGUGGUCCCGCCACGAGACGUAUGUCAACGGCAUGCUGGAGCAGGCUUCUCAGAUGCUUUGGCUUACAGUGGGAGUGGUGACACUGUGGCCGCAUUUAGGACAAGUGGGCAUCAUUGCAGCGAGCACGGCUGCAGCUGUUGUGUCUAACCUGGCUCUCAUGAUGUCGACUGAGCGCUGGCAGGUCAACCUGAACAGCUUUCUCCUGCGAGGGACCUUGAGCAUGUCCAAUUGCGUCAUCAUUGGCAUUUGCGGCAAGGCUGCCUCUCCUGAAAAGCAAGGGAUGCUGCAGUCUGCCAUGGGCUUGGUUGUCCAAGUAAGCUCCGCUCUCGGCCCGCCGGCAUUCCUUACA